AAACAGACUCUCUGCUGGAUGCUGUUUGUCUCUGGUCUUUUCUGAUUAGAACAAACUUACCCUAUGUGUGUAUACAAUACUUGAAGCUGAACUCAGUCAACAUGUGAGUUUCAGCUUCUUCUGUGGAACACUUCCCCCAUCCUGACGUCAGCUGGAUGGAGUGAUUUUUCUUCCCCAUCCCAGCCUCACACUGACGCAUUCACAUAUCAGCUCUUCAGCAGCGGCCUGAGGCUCAGGUAUAUAUACCUGAACACCAACCAGCAUGCUGCCUGAGACUCCCCUCCAGCAGUGAUGCCAGCCUUCAGGCCUCCUGCUCCUCUCCUCUGUGUGCUGCUGUAUGUGUCGGUGGCUCUGCAGCGCUCUGACCUGCGCCUGGCUUAUGUGACCCACAACAGCUUUUUCUACUACUCCUGCAGCCAGGACCCUCAACCUUGCAGCGUCCCAUCACUUACAGACUGCAGAUGCAAGGACAUUCAGCUUUCCACGCUGCACCACCCCCAGUCGCACUCGUCUCCUGUCUUCCGGAUGAGACGUUUAACUGUUUGGUUUACGUCGCCACUGAACACGGCACGUCUGCUCAACAACUCUGAGGUGAGGCACCUCACUCUGAUCCACUGUGGUCCUGGAGGAUCCAGGGGGACGCCUUCUUCUUCGCUGGAGGGACAUUUUGCUGUGCAGCACCUGGAGAGGGUGACGGUGAUAAGCCUGCCGCAGAGGCCGCUUCACCCCUGUCCAGAUGCAAACAGAGCCAGGAAUACAGACUCAAACACGGACCCAGAUAACAGUGCUCACCUAGACACAAAUAGAUACAAGGAUAGAGACACAUAUCUGGACCUGAUCGUGGACAUGAAGAGAGAAUCCUUGGGUUUGUCCCCGUCCCAGAUACAAGACAUCUUCCUGGGCAGGGAGCUGGGAGCAGCGUACCAUGAACAGGCCAGACUGGGGAUCAUCCACAGCUCUGUGCUGGAGUGGGGAGCAGCGGUCAAAGCCUACACAGUCCAGACACACAUAGACAGUGAUGGUGUUCUUCCCUUUCCUGACCUCCACCUGCCGAAAUUACCAGAGACAUCUGUCAUAUAUGUCAGCUUUGUGUACUAAUACCAAGUGACUUUUUGAAGGGAGCAGGUGGGAACAACAGGAGAAAGAGGAGCCUGAAAACAACCACUGUCUUGCUCUCAACUGAGUCUCAGUUUUGGAUUAAAUGUAAGAUUUCUGUGUUAUUUUUUGGGGGGGUUUUUUUUGCAGCCCCCCACACUUCUGAUUUACAUUUUUAAAUUAAUCCCUUUAUCCUCUUAAGAUGGGAGAUAAAGUGUCUGUUAGUUUACAGAUUAUGUUGCAUUUAAAGUUGGGCCAGUAAGUAAGUUUCUUCAGGCUGACAUUCAGGAAGAAAACAACACAAAUCUCCUCCAGAUUUGCUUCCUAGUAAAUGUUAUUUUUUAAAACUUUGUAAGAAUAAACACAAAAAAGAACGAAACAAUGAAACUGACCAGAAACUCUUUCCAAAACAUCAGGGCAUAAUGUUCAGCAAAUGCAAAACUGCAGUUAUUUCCUGAAAGUGGUCUCCUGGUAACAUUGUCCAACUGACACUGAGAAGGAAAUUGAAUGAGUUUGGGAGAUUUUGCAAUUGUUUUUGUGUGCAAUAGCUUUAAUCAGAAUUUUCCCAAGUGAAAACUUUGCACAGCUGUUUAUCAGCAUGUUAGAGCAAAGUAUAUCAACUAAUGAGAGACACUCUGUGGGACCAGAACAGCCUGCAAACCCCCUCCAGCUCAAGUAUCCUUUGUUUCCAAAUGAUGUUUAUACUGAAUUGAUGAUAUAAUCCCCAACAAUUGUUUUCCAGUUGAGCACUUAGUCUUCUCUGUUCCCUUGUUUUUUUUCUCUUUCCCACAAAGAUAGAAAAUGUGAGCUCCCACCAUGAGGUGUGUCCUGAAACAGCUCUGAUCCAGAUGCUGUAUUUACACUAAAUGUAGCCUAAGGCUGAUGACUGAGACGUUCCAGGUUGAUGUACUGCACCAGUUGUUUUUAUGAUGCCAGAUGUUGUGAAUACAUGCAGUGUCCCAUGUACUUGAAAUACUCAGAGACCUUUCAAAGUUAUCAAGUGAAAUGAAAACUCAAGAAAACUCUGAUCCACAGAUGUGUUCGGUUUCAAACAUGAGAGUCAAUGUGUUGUAUAAUGUUCCUGUUAGAUUCAAACAUUCAGAGCUGUUCAGUUUGGAAUCUAAAAGCCAGGGUGGUGCUGCACAUUUUUCCCUAUGAGAGACAGACGGAUCUACUAAUAAGCAAAAUGUCAUCACCGGAGGGAGGACAUCAAGCUAAUCUGGAUUUCUGUGCAGGAUUAAUACCUCCCCGCUCGUUUCUACAGCUGAUCUUGACCUCUGACCUCUGACCUCUGGUCCACAAGCAAAAGAAAGCAGAGAAACACACGGUUAUUUAUGGGCGGCAUCUGUGAUACAAGUAGAGCUCCAAGUACAUGCGAAACACAUGUUUGCUUACAAAACUGAACCACAAGAUGGCGGCAGAUACAUCUGAGUCAAACAGACUAGACCUGAAGAGUUGAGGAAGGACUGAGCAGAGCAUGAGGGGAAAGGUUGUUUUUUUUUUUCUGUUAUUUUUUUAAGUUAAGUGAACGCUUAAAGAAUUCAGUUAACCUUACAUUGAACAUAUGUGUCCUGACACGUCAGCACUUUAAAAGCUUGUGAGGAAUGUUGUGUUGUAGGACAGAGGUACGUUGCCUGAUAUUUAUUUGUUUAAAAUAAAUAAAAUGAACAAUGUCACCGCUUACAUUUGUUUAUACAACAAAAACAUAAAUAAAUAAUUUACUUAUCA